AUGCCCCACAGCUCCGACAGCAGCGACUCCAGCAGCUCCAGCCAGUCUCCCCCUCCUAGCAAGCAGGACUCUUCUGAUGACAUGAGGAAAGUCCAGAGGAGGGAGAAGAACCGCAUUGCUGCCCAGAAGAGCCGCCUGCGGCAGACCCAGAAAGCAGACACACUGCACUUGGAGAGCGAAGACCUGGAGAGGCAGAACGCGGCCCUGCGCCGGGAGAUCCGGCAGCUGACGGAGGAGAUGAAGCACUUCACCUCGGUGCUGAGCUCCCACGAACCGCUCUGCUCCAUCCUGGCGUCGCCCCCGCCGCCGCCCCCAGAGGUGCUUUACGCCACACACUCCUUCCACCAGCCCCACAUCAGCUCCCCGCGCUUCCAGCACUGAGCCAGCCGGUGGGGCGGCCAAGAAGCAACCUCGCGGGGCUCGCUUUUCCAUCCGGAGAGGGACAGACAGACAGACGGCCCUUCUCACAGCGUGUACUCUGAGUGACUUUGUCCAAGACUUGUUCCCCGUGCAGAAAUGGCAGGGCCACCAGGAGGCAUCUUCGGGCAGUUUCCAGCUUGGAUCCUGGGAAGAGGAGCAUUCGCAAAAGGGCACCAUCCCCUUCCCCGGUGCUUGCUUGGGGACCCCACGGGAGCGUGGGCACGGGCAGCCCCCGUGCGAGCGGCU